CCGUCCGGGGCCGCGCUGAGGGGGGAGGAGGCGCUCCCGCGCUCGCUCCCGGUCGCCGCCGCUGCCCGCCGCCGAGCGGAGCGGCCCCGCCAGCCCCUCAGUUUCACAUCCUUGAAUGUCCCUCUAUUUCUUGGAAGAUGAAGAAAAUAAUUGCAGGCUUCUUUCUGUUAUUUGGACACACUCUGCUUUCCACUGUAUCUGUCAUGGCAAAAGAUCUCUCUGGAGGACAUUUCACCCGAAGAAGAGAUGUUAACUCACAAUAUCUACUAGAAAAUACUUGCAACAACAAACGUCUGGAUCUCGUCUUCAUCAUUGACAGCUCUCGCAGCGUACGUCCUUAUGAUUUUGAAAAAGUGAAGGAGUUCAUUUUAACCAUCCUGCAGUUUCUGGACAUCAGUCCUGAUGCUACCCGUGUAGGUCUGAUUCAGUACGGCAGCACAGUCAAACACGAGUUUUCACUGAAGACAUUCAGGAGAAAGCAGGAUAUUGAAAGAGCAGUGAAGAGGAUGAUGCACCUGGCAACUGGCACCAUGACUGGGCUGGCUAUUCAGUAUGCAGUGAACAUCGCAUUUUCGGAGUCAGAAGGAGCUCGACCUCUGAAGCAGAAUGUGCCCCGAAUUAUCAUGAUAGUGACAGAUGGGAGACCUCAGGAUCCAGUGGCAGAGAUUGCCACUAAAGCACGUAACUCAGGAAUCCUGAUUUUUGCCAUUGGAGUGGGAAGAGUAGAUAUGAACACGCUGAAGUCAAUUGGGAGUGAACCACAUGAGGAGCAUGUGUUUCUGGUUGCUAAUUUCAGUCAGAUUGAAACACUGACCUCUGCCUUCCAGACUAAACUUUGUGUGCCCCAUAUGUGCAGUACAGUUGAACAUCACUGUGAUCACUUCUGCAUAAACACGCCUGGCUCCUAUGUAUGCAGAUGUAAACAAGGGUACAUUCUGAAUGCUGACCAGAAGACUUGCAGCACUCAGGACCUUUGUGCUGUGGAGAAACAUGCAUGUGAGCAGAUUUGUGUGAACACACCUGGGUCUUACGUCUGUCAGUGUUAUGAAGGGUAUGAGCUUGAUGCAAAUGGAAAGAACUGUAUUGUUGUAGACUACUGUGCUUUGGAUAACCAAGGUUGCCAACACGAAUGUGUUAACACUGAGGACUCCUAUUACUGUAGAUGCCACCCAGGGUUCAUUUUAAAUCCAGACAAAAGAACUUGCAGAAGACCAGACUACUGUGCUCUUCAGGACCAUGGUUGUGAACAGGAAUGUGUUAAUGCAGAUGAUUCCUAUUUUUGUCGAUGCCAAGAAGGGUUUAGACUUAAUCCAGAUAAGAAAACAUGCAAAAGAGUGGACCACUGUGCUGAAAACAACCAUGGCUGCGAGCAACUGUGCCUAAAUACUGAUAGCUCCUAUGUCUGUCAGUGCUCUGAAGGAUUUGUCAUCAAUGAGGACCUAAAAACCUGCACACGAGUUGACUAUUGUGCUUUGAAUGAUCAUGGCUGCGAACAUUUGUGUGUAAAUGGUGACAGAUCUUACACUUGUCAGUGUUUUGAAGGAUACAGGCUUCGUAAUGAUGGGAGAACAUGUAAACGUAAAAACGUCUGCAAAUCAGUCAACCAUGGCUGUGAGCAUAUUUGUGUUAGCGCUGACAAUUCCUAUGUCUGCAAGUGUCAUGAGGGAUUCACAUUGAGAGAAGAUGGCAAGACAUGCAGAAGACGGGACAUCUGCAAAUCAGUCAGCCAUGGCUGUGAGCAUAUUUGUGUUAACGAAGCUGACUCAUAUGUUUGCAAGUGUCACGAGGGUUUUCUGCUGAGAGAAGAUGGCAAAACAUGCAGAAAUAAAGACGUUUGCAGUUCAGUUGACCAUGGCUGUGAACAUGUUUGUGUUAAUGCUGAUGAGUCAUACAUCUGCCAGUGUUAUGAGGGAUUUGCACUAAGGGAAGAUGGAAAAACAUGUAGAAAUAAAAACGUUUGCAAUUCUGUUGACCAUGGCUGUGAGCAUGUUUGUGUGAACACUGAUAGUUCAUACAUUUGCCAGUGCUAUGAGGGUUUUGUAUUGAGGGAAGAUAAGAAAACAUGUAAAAAUAAGGACAUCUGCAAGUCAGUCAGUCAUGGCUGUGAACAUCUUUGUGUUAAUAAUGACGAUUCAUAUACUUGCCAGUGCCAUGAUGGAUUUGUACUAAGGCAAGAUGGGAAAACAUGCCGAAGCGAGGAUGUCUGCAAAUCCAUCAACCAUGGCUGUGAACAUGCUUGUGUUAAUGCUGGUGAUUCGUUUGUUUGUAAGUGUCAGGAGGGAUUCCUGCUAAGAGAAGAUGGAAAAACGUGCAAAAAUAAAGAUCUUUGCAAAUCAGUCAGCCAUGGCUGUGAACAAGUUUGUGUUAAUAUUGAUGAUUCGUAUAUCUGCAAGUGCCAUGAUGGGUUCCUACUGAGAGAAGAUGGGAAAACCUGCAGAAACAGUGAUAUUUGCAAUUCAGUCAACCACGGCUGUGAACAAGUUUGUGUGAAUACUGAAGAUUCCUACAUCUGCGAGUGUCAUGAAAAAUUCGUGCUGAAGGAAGAUGGAAAGACAUGUAGAUAUAAAGAUGUUUGCAACUCAGUUGACCAUGGCUGUGAACAUAUUUGUGUUAAUACUCAUGAUUCCUAUAUCUGCAAGUGUCAUGAGGACUUCAUACUGAGGGAAGAUGGGAAAACCUGUAGGAGUAAAAAUAUCUGCAAAAGAGUCAACCAUGGUUGUGAACACAUCUGUGUUCCAACUGGAGAUUCAUACAGGUGUCAGUGUCAGAAGGGAUUUGUAUUGAGGCGAGACAGGAAAACAUGCAGGAGUAAAGACCUGUGUAAAUCCAUUGACCAUGGUUGUGAACAUGUGUGCAUUAAUAAUAACAAUUCAUACAGCUGUCAGUGCCAUGAGGGUUUUGUCCUGCGACAAGAUGGGAAAACAUGUCGAAAUAAAGAUGUCUGCAAAUCAGUUGCCCAUGGUUGUGAAUAUAUUUGUGUUAAUAAUGAAGAUUCAUACAUCUGCAAAUGCCAGGAGGGAUAUGUACUAAAAGAGGAUCAGAAAACAUGCAGAAGAUGCACUGAAGGCCCACUUGACCUCGUGUUUGUGAUUGAUGGAUCAAAAAGUCUUGGAGAGGAUAAUUUUGAAAUCGUAAAACAAUUUGUCUCACAAAUCUUGGAUGCACUUGAGAUUUCACCCAAAGCUGCUCGAGUUGGUUUGCUUCAGUAUUCUACUGAAGUUCGCACAGAGUUUACGCUAGGGCAGUUCAGCUCAGCCAAGGACAUGAAGAAAGCUGUAUCGCAAAUGAAAUACAUGGGGCGAGGUUCCAUGACAGGACUGGCUCUGAAGCAAAUGUUUGAGAGAAGCUUCACAGAAACAGAAGGAGCAAGACCAUUUUCAGCAAACGUCCCUCGAAUCUCCAUCGUGUUUACGGAUGGACGAGCCCAAGAUGAAGUCUCUGAGUGGGCUGCUAGAGCAAAGCGAAAUGGUAUAAUUAUCUAUGCUAUUGGAAUAGGAAAAGCAAUUGAGGAAGAACUGCUAGAAAUUGCUUCUGAGCCACCAUAUAAACAUCUCUUCUAUGCUGAGGAUUUCACAGCUCUGGAGGACAUAAGUGAAGAGCUAAGAGCCCAAAUCUGUGAAGCCUUGAAAAAGCCAGCUCACCAGCAGGAUCCAUCAUCUGGGAGGCUUCAUAAGAUGGGUCCACAGCCUUCAGGACCUGAAUCAACAACGAUAGACAUCACAGAUGUCAUUGCCUGUCCCAAUCUUGCAAUCCAUCACCAGUAUCUUUUUGAAGACAGUCACACUCACUCAACAACAGCAAAAGCUUCAAAAGAUAAAGACCAGUGCAAAUGUGAAAACCUUGUGACAUUCCAGAACUAUGCAACAAACGAAGUAAGAAAACUCACCCAGCGAUUAGAAGAAAUGACAAAGAGAAUGGAAGACUUGGAAAACAGGCUAAAAUACUGAUCAAAAUUUAAAGUGUAUACUACACUGUAUAUUUAUACAUACAAAAUUGUCAGAGCUAUUUUCUUAAACUGGUUCAGAGUAAAAUAACAAAUCCUUGUGUCUGAAAAGAGUAUUUUGGAUCUCUGCAUCUAUAUACACUAUGUGUUCUGUCUUGCAUUGAUUGCCGAUAAGAAAUGUUAAAAAUUUUAUAUACAUAAACAAUUUAGUAACUAGCAAAAAUUCUAAUUAAGCAGAACUAAACAACUGAAAUAAGCUAUGCAAAAUAAUAAAACGCUGUUAUUUUUUUUUGAAGUGAAACCUCCAUGUUUUGAAAGUACUUUUAGGGUAUGAAUUUAUUUGGCUUUUCUGUUAUUUCCCUCCUCCACUCACUACUAGUAUUUUAAGCACCCUAUCUGUGUGGAUACAUAUGGUUCUAUAUAUACAUAUACAAGCAGGCCAAGUGGGACAGCAUUCAUGGCAGUUACGUUUCACAUAUUCUUCAAACGAGUACUGAAAUCGGUUGGAAGUAAAAAUACAAAUUUAUACAUUUGCAUUGAAACUGUGAUGAAAGUAAAUGCGCAAAAUGGAAA